CAUACCUUUGCGCGAGGGUUUUUCCGGGGGACGCGGAAGUGCAACGCGCAGCAAACUUCUUUUUGAUGCUGAAACGCUUCAUUUUCACGUUCCCCGGCGGUGGUUGAACCGUCCCCGGCGAUGUCAACGAGAGCGGAGACGUGAAGCGAACAUUUCAGCGGAUCGUCGCGUUUUAGCUGGACUGAAGAAAUACCGCGCUAUGGUUUACAAAGAGCGAGAGGAUGACUUGGAGCUCCAGGUGAGGAGUAAGGAGGGAGUGGAUAAUGGUAGAGAGCCCCUAUUAUCUGAAAUGCCCAAAGCCCACAAGCCUGCUGUUCGAUUAUUUGAUUGUAUCCUGGUCGCUUGUCUAAAUGAAGACGAGGUGGAUCCAAUGUUCAAGAAACGGGAGGCAUUCAUAAAUGAGCUGAAGUCAAAGAAAAUGAAAGUCACAAAAAUCAUGCAUGAUAACAAGGUGUUUUAUGGAAUCCGUGCCCCAGAGGAGAUCUUUGAAAAGUUUAAGUAUCUGCUGAAGGUGUCUGAUUCUUGCAACUGGAGUAUCAAACAGAAAGACUGUAUCCCACACAUCACCAGGAUAAGGGUUUGCCACUUUGUCUUGUACCACACAUUCAUUGGGACAGGAGAGGGCCUAAGCGAUCUCCUGAAGCAAGAUGCGUUUGAAACCCUGUUCUAUCUCCACGAGAAGAAAGAGCAAAAACGUCUGAAGAAAAAAUGGGCCAACUGGGGGGCUAUAAGAUAUGUAUUUCUACAACCUAUCGAUCAGAUCAGGGACUAUUUUGGUGAGAAGGUGGCGCUGUAUUUUCUGUGGCUGGGUUGGUACACACUCAUGCUGAUCCCAGCAGCCAUCAUCGGUGUGGUCGUGUUCCUUUACGCCAUCGCCUUCUUCAGUACAGAUCCGCUCAUAAAAGAGGUCUGUGAGUCCAACAUUAUUAUGUGCCCAAGCUGUGACAAAAAGUGUCAAGUGUGGCAACUGUCUGACACCUGUGGAUAUGCCAAGAUGAGCCAUCUGUUUGACAAUGAAGGAACUGUAGCCUUUGCAAUGUUCAUGGCUAUUUGGGCCACUGUGUUUCUGGAGCUGUGGAAGAGGCACCGAUCGCUGCACGUUACUCGGUGGAAUGUGUACGACUGGUGCGAGGAUGAGGAGGAGCUUAUCCUCAUGAUUGUGAAUGACCCACACUGUAAACCCAAGGACUACAAGCGAGCUUACCUGCAAAACAUCCUCGUAAUCCUGCUGGGCACCCUGGUGUUGCUGUUGAUCAUCGGCAUGACCCAUGUUCUGGUGAUCUUCCGGGUCUGGUCCGCCACGGUACUGGCAGAGGCCCCAUGGAAGUUCCUGAGUGAUUACUCCAAUGUGAUAUCUGUGAUGCUGGGAGCAGUGCUACACUACUUCAUUAUACAGUUCAUGACUCACGUGAACAAAUUUAUGGCCUUAAAGCUGAUUAAGAUGGAGAAGCUUCGCUCAGGUUCAGCUAAAGAGAGGAGCUUCACUGUGAAGAUGUUUACCUUCCAGUUUUUUACACUCUUCUCCUCCCUGAUCUACGUGGCUUUCUUCCUGGGCAGGAUAAAUGGCUACCCAGGAAAUUAUGUGAGGAUUGCAGGGAAAUUAAGACUGGAGGAGUGUCACCCCAGUGGCUGUCUCACUGACCUCUUCAUCCAGAUGGCCGUCAUCAUGCUCCUUAAACAAACCGUCAACAACAUCAUUGAGUUCACUGUGCCCUGGUUUAAACGCUUUAUGAAGAGGACAGCAUUUAAAAAGGAGCUCAGAAACUGUGGGAACUGCUACAGGAAGGCAUGUCGAAAUGAAGGUCCCGAUGUGAACCUGUGUGAAAUCUGCAACCUCCGUGAUUGGCUGAGAAAUUACAAUCUGAGUGCUGUUGAUGCAUUUAGCCUGUUUAAUGAAUACUUGGAAAUGGUUAUUCAGUUCAGUUUCACCACAAUCUUCGUGGCUGCAUUCCCCCUGGCUCCAUUAUUUGCCCUCAUCAAUAACAUAUUUGAGAUCCGACUGGAUGCCAUCAAAAUGUUGCGUCUGGGCCGACGCAUUGUGCCAAACAAAGCCAAUGACAUUGGUGUAUGGACUCCUGUGUUGGAAGUCAUUGGAGUUAUGGCAGUCAUUGCCAAUGGACUGGUGAUCGGCAUCUCCUCAGAUUUUGUCCCUCGCCUCGUUUAUCGCUACCAUUAUGGACCAUGUGCUAAUGUCACAUCCACAGAUAUCCAGUGUAUGGAGGGCUUCAUUGCGUACACUCUCAGCACUGCGUACAUGUCAGAAGAAAGUGUGCGCAGAGACUUCGUGCCCUCCCAGAUGAUAACACCCAGUGGGUUGAACGUCACUCAGUGCAGCUAUAGGGACUACCGCAAUGAUGAUGACCACAGUCUCACUUCCCAGUUCUGGCUCAUACUAGCAGCACGCUUUGCCUUUGUCAUCCUGUUUGAGCAUGUUAUACUGUUGUGCAAGUUCCUCAUUGCCUGGUUUGUGCCAGACAACCCGAUUCGAGUGAAGAACCACAACCUUCAUGACAGGCUGACCAGAUUGAAGCAUGAACUGCAGGAAAUAGCUGAAAGAUUUGACAGCAAGUCCACAGAUGUUUAAUCCUUGAAGGUCUGAUGUCUCCCCCUUAAAGCUAGAGGCUAGGCCUCUUUAAAGACUCCAUCCUGUCUGUGUAAGCAGAAGGGAAAGAGCGUGAGAGAACGCGUUUUAAGCCAUUCCUUGUGACUUGGUUGGGGUCCAGCACCCCUCUGCCAUGCCUUAACCGGCCUUUCUACUGAUUUCAUUUUAGUUCAUAGUCUAAAGGCUUGUUUUGUAAAAAAAAAAAUAAAAAAAAUCUUUCAUUACAUUUUUAAACAUGUGAAGUAUUUAAAAUGCUAUUUAAACAUUGUGAAUGAACAUGUUUUUUUGUCAACAAACUUAGCAUAGCAUUGCUGAAGCUUAGUGUUUUGUUUGUAUUUGUUGUUUUUUCCCUUCGGUUUUCUUACAACACAUUA